AUGCGCGCGUCAAGAAGGAGAGGGAGGACGGUCGACAGUGAGGCGCCUCGGCGAUCGAGCGCGUUUGUCGAGCUGGUCCAAAAACCGAGACUGCCAAAAAGUCCAGCCGCGCUGCCCGAUCAUGUGACUCUGGCUCCAUCUGAGCUGCAGCGGCGCUCGUUCGUGACUCGUCCUUUGCCAUGCGCGACUCCACCAGUCCAAAAGCCCCAAUGGCCCAAAAGGCACCCAAAGGGCACUCCCGGCACCCCCGGCGCCACCAACUGGACCAAAUCUACGCUGGAAUCUCGGCACCCGGACCUUCACCACCCUAGCGAGCGCCGGCUGCAGGCAUAUCCAACUCCCAUCGCCCAUCCAAUCUGGAUACGAGGUGACUUGUUGGGUGACUGGCGAGUCGCGCUAGCUGCUGCUUUACCGGCUGCUGCAACAUGGUGGAGUCCCCCUGUUUCGCUCGCUGGCAUUUCCAAGCGCGCUGUUCCUCGACUUGGGUACCAAGAGCAAUUCCUUCUCUGGAGCCAGCAAAUUUUCGCAGUCCUUUCCCGACUAAUCAAAUGA